AUGUUCUCCGUCGCCUUAGCGCUCCAGGUGUACAUCAUGCGCAACACCACCUACCACGAUAGCGUCUUGUUUCAGACUGAUGACGAUGAGGAUCCUCCAAGCGCACACCACGUAUCACUGAGGCCCAGCUCACCGCCGAAGUUGGAGCCAACUCGGCCGUGGAAGAUCAAUCCAGUCAGCGCUUCGCGGCCUCUACUAUCUUCCAAUCGGUUUCACAUUUACUGGCAGUAUCGAGAAAUUCCCGACCGCUCGGACCCUGACUACGAAUGGCAACCGAUGGACACGACGACAACGAGGCCUCAAUUCAUCCGCGACUUCCCGCUCCUCCCUGCACGGGAUUACAUGGGUCGGCGCAAGAGCGUCUGCAUGUUCCACGCGGCAGGCUCCGGGCGUAUGCGCAACGGCAUCCGCUACAAAGCGUGGACGUUCCCAUACCACCUGUGCACGCACGUUGUCUACUGCUGCGCAGGCAUCUCGAAAGAGCUGAAAGUUACGUCCAAGUACUACGACGUGGACAUAGGUGAGGGUUCUCUGGCCACGUUCGCCUCCAUGAAGGAAAGAAAUCCCCACUUGCGGAUCUACAUUGGGCUCGGUGGAGAGGACAGGGACUACGAGGGCUUUUCCCACAUCGCCGACAGCAUAGAUGCAAGGCAGCAGUUCGCUCAGGCGGUCACAGACUGGAUACGACUCUUCCGCUUUGACGGCAUGGUGCUCUACUGGAGGUUUCCCUUCCUUGACCAGAAGGACAAGGUGGUGGAUAUGAUGCGAAAUCUACGGAGGAUACUUCUCCGUGCCAACCUCACCACGGGACUCGUAGUGCCUCUCGAUGCUCUCCUCGGAGAAAGGUUUAACAUCUUGGAACUUGCUCGUAUCCUGGACGAUUAUACCAUCCUCGUCGAUCCCACGGAGGUUCACGGUGUCGCUUACGAUUCCACGUUCGUGCCCCUUCGAGACUCGACGGUCGGUACGUACGCUGGUCUUUUCAUGCGAACCUUGGAGAACGUGCACGGACAAAUGCGUGACGGCCGCUUCAAGCUGUGCUACCUGCUUCCCGUACACGCGCUGUCCUUCACGCUCGAAGAGUCAGCCCAGUCAGAAAUCGGCGCUCCAACCCGGGGUCCUGGAGAGCCCGGAGUCAGCACGGAUCAGCCCGGGCUAUUGUCUUACGAUGAAGUGUGUGGCGAGCGCUGGGAUCGGGCGCGAAGGGUCAACUACGGCGUCAUCGGCACCAGGGUCAACCAGUGGGUAGUGUUUCAGAACAGGUCCUCUCUUCGAGAGCUCAUCACUCAGCUGGGACUGGUUACGGGGUCAGCCAAGUGCAUCGGUGUCUGGGACCCUUCGUGGGACGAUUUUUCCGGCUUUUGUGGGGAAGGGCCUUACCCGCUCACCAGGGCCGUCUUCUCUAAGGUGAUAGGUAGGAGAAUUCUGCCCUUUACGACCACGAAGUCCAGGUACAUUCUCUGA